AUGCGGUGUUCUCUUUCUGUGUCCUUGCUGCUGGCACUGUUGACACUCGUUUUUCCAAUUCUUUUGGAGGCAAGACGACCAGGAUCACGACAAUCGAAUCCAACCUUGGAACAAAUCACCUUUAAGAGUGCCGUCUUGCACGCACCUCCCUUUGCCACGGUGGAAGACAUGGGCGGUGGCCAAUACGAAUACGGCGGAGUCCAAAUCGAUUUAUUGAACAGCAUGAAACAAUUUGCACUCCAAGACAACAUUUUGGUGAAUUUUGAUUUGGUGCCGUCGCCUCCGCAAUACGGCGCUGCCUUUAAUUUGGUGGCCAAUGACUGCAACACCACCGCCAAUCCAAAUCCCUUGGAAGCCUGCAAUGCCUUGGAUAUCAUUGUGGCCAACUUUUAUUCCACACCGGAUCGUGCCUUACGAAGUGACCUGUCUCCUACCUGGAUGAGAUCAACCAUUUCCACCAUGAAGUAUAAAGACCCGUCUAAAACAUUGCGGGAUGUUACCACCAUGCAACAGGCGGCCGAGUUUGGAGUAGCAGUCUGUUUGAAAACGGAUACCUUUUAUGCCGGAGUGGUGGCGGAAAAGUUUCCAACAAUUAUUUUUGUGUCCUGCGACGACCAAGAUAUUUGCAUUGCGAAACUAAAAGCACAAGAAUGUGGUUUGUAUGCCAGUGAUGAACUGCAGCUGCGAUAUCGAGCCGCCAAUGAUGCAUCCCUGGCAGUAACUCCGGAAUCCUUCAACACCCAGUACAUUACAUGGGCCUUCAAGGACGACACACCCAACAUUCGAUGGGUCCGCAAGUGGAUCUACCAGGCCGUCAUCAACACGACCAUGGAUCAACUCUAUUUCGAGUAUUUUCAAAAGGAACUUUGUCCUGUGGGAAGUGCUGGAGAAUCUUGUCAAUUGCCCUGCGAUCCCGACCACGGAAAAGCCGACGAAACUGGAAAAUGCGUCUGCGAGUCCACCAAAUACAGAGGAGACGACUGUUCGAUUGAAAUUCCGGAAAACAAGAAUCUCAUUUCCACCGGUCUCAAGGCCAUGGCCUACUUCAUGGUGGCGGUCAAUUACAUUGUCAUUAUUGGAUUGGUGGCCUGGAUGAUUUUCAAAAAGAAGAGCCACCAAAUUCGUCUCUCGCAGCCCUUUUUCCUACUCAUGAUCUUGUUGGGCUGUGGGAUUUCCACCUCAACCAUUCUGGCCAUGAUGUCCGAGUCGGAAGGCGAUGGGCCUGUGAGAGCCUGUAUGGCAGUCCCAUGGUUAUAUUCGGUGGGAUUCUCCAUUACCUUUGGUUGUUUGUUUGCCAAGAUUCGUCGGGUCUACUUGAUUUUCAAAUCGGCAGCCGACUUUCGACGCAGCAAGGUCACCUUUGGCGAGACGUGUAGUAUCACGGCUGCUGUGUUGUUGGUGGAUGUCACCAUUCUCAUGGUUUGGUCCAUUGUGGAUCCACUCCACUGGGAACGAACCAUUACCAGUUCGGACAAGUUCGGUGUCCCACUCUCAUCGGAAGGUAUUUGCACUUGCCAAUAUUGGGAAGUUUGGGUGAGCUCGAUUUCGCUCCUGCAUGGAGGACUUUUGGCCAUUGCUUGUUACUUGUGCUACCAAGCAAGAGAUAUUCCUACCAAGUUUUCCGAAGGAAAAUACGUUUCCAUUGCCAUGUUUUCCAAUCUCCAAAUCUUUGUGGUGGGAUUGCCCAUCCUGGUCAUUUUGGGAUCGGAUUCCUCGGCUGGAUUUUUCGUUCGUACGGUCGUCAUUUGGAUGAACGAUCUGGUGGUGGUGGUGCUCAUUUUCGGAAACCUGAUCUACCACGUUCACUUUCAUCCUUCCAAUCAUCGGGUCGACAAGGAAGAUGUCAGUCGGGAAAUUGGGUCUGCCAUUCAAAAGUUUUCCAUGGCCAAAAAGGAACGUUCCGAACGCAACUCCUCGUCCUCCGACUCCUCGGAAAGAACCAGAAGGUCGGCGAAAAUUGCGCAAUUUGGCACCAGUUCGGAAUUCAGAUUGACGUCCAGGGCGUCCACGGGGUCUCGAUUUGAAAUGCCCUCGGUCGCCGAACUGUCGGACGAGGAUGAAACCUCCGAGUCGUUGCAUUUCACAGUGGCGGACAGUAAUACUCUUCACAGCGACGAGGAAAAGAAGGAAUCUUCACCAGUGCCUUCGGUAGCCAAACCUGCCGAGGGACUUGGAAAAUCAAGUUGGGGUGGAUUGGAUCUAAAGACGGACUCAUCGAGUUCGAUGCGAGGAGGAUUUGAGACCAACUAA